GUCCCAGUUAAGAAGGCCGACUCUGCAAGUCAGUUGAGGGAAGGAACAGCAUUAUUAGCCUUGGCUCUGUGAAUCGGCGAUCAUCUCUAUCCAUCCACAUUUCUCAAUGGCGUGGUUCGCGAAAUCCAUCGCUAACUCACUCAAGCUCGACGACGAAGACGACGACGUUUACCACAAUACGAACCCUAGCUCCAAUACAGACCCAAAUUCAUCGCCACCCGAUCCGCAACCCGACCCCCAAUCCGGUUCGCCGUCAACUCCCACAGUCAAAGGCGACCUCUCCGAGCUCACCAAAACCCUGUCCCGCCAGUUCUGGGGCGUCGCCUCCUUCCUCGCCCCGCCGCCCGAUCCGACCCAUCCUCCUAACCCGUCCGCACCGCCCCAAUCCGCCGAUCUCGAACCUGCUGAUGAGGACGUCAUCGCGGGAAUUCGCAGCGACUUUGCUGAGAUCGGAGGGAAGUUCAAGAGCGGGAUCUCGAAGCUGUCGAGUAACAUAGCGGUCUCGGAGUUCACUAAGAUCGCUUCGAAUUUGCUUCAGUUUGGAUCGGAGGAGGAGGCUGAGGCAGCUGGGGCUGCUCUUGGAGUGACCCAGGAGGUUCUCGCGUUCGUCAGGAAUGUCUCUAUGCAUCCGGAGACUUGGCUGGAUUUCCCUCUCUCCGAUGAUGAAGAUUCAGAUGAUUUUGAAUUGUCUGAUGUCCAACAAGAGCAUGCUCUGGCUGUUGAACGGCUUGCACCUUCAUUGGCUGCUCUCAGGAUUGAACUUUGCCCUGAGCAUAUGAGCGAGGCUCACUUUUGGAUGAUUUACUUCGUGCUCUUGCAUCCUAGACUCAGUAAACAUGAUGCCGAGCUUCUGUCUACACCCAAGAUAGUGGAAGCUAGAGCAAUGUUGUCUUAUGAGUUGAAGAAGGGAGCUAAUGAAAAGCAAGAAUCAGACCCUUCUGGAAGUGGCACUAUUUAUGCGAAAGGAAUUGCUGAUUCCCCAAAAGAACAGCAUCUUUCUGUGCCGCCUAGUGUUCAAUCUGACCUAGUGCCUCCCCAUGCAUCUACCAUCAGAUCAGCUCCUCAACCAGCGGCAGUUGAUCUUGAGACUGAGAAGCACACAGUUCAGAGUAGUGAGAUCCAAAUUAUUGACAAGCCCGUUAUUGAGGAAGGACCAUUGAAAGAGACCAAAUUUCAACAGCCACUUUCUAAUUCUUCCUCCAAAGUUGCGGAUGAGAAAUAUGAGGAUGAUGCUGAUGAUUGGUUGAAAGAGGAAACUUCAGAGAUAGAUGGUGUCGGGGAAACCUCCAUCCCUAUAGAGAAUGACGAGGAUGUAUCUUUCAGUGAUCUUGAGGAUGAUGAUGGAGAGGCGCCCUCAAGUUACAAGAAGGUCACAUCUGGCUCUGAUUCUUCAACAAAAGACUCAAGAGAUUGGGUUCAGCUAAGCAGAACCUCUGCUGAUUCAGACAAGGAAAUCAACUCUGUUGAGAUUAGACAUGUUGGGUCUGAGCAGGUAAGUUCCCGUAACCUGGAGACCAAAGAAUCUAAUGACUGGCUUGACGUUGAAGACAUUGAUGUUAUAUGAUUACUUCCAUAAGAACCCUUUUUAGGUCAAUAUGGCCUAUUCUUCCCAUUCAUCUGUUAUUGUGAAUAGAUUGUGGAAGGUUUCUUUAGUCUUCGUUUGGCUAUGGAAACUGUAUUAUUGUACAUAACGCCUGAUACUGGAUAAUUGUUUCUUAUGAAGAAUGUAUUUAUAAGUGUAGCAAAAUACAGCACCA